UGCUCCCUGGCUCCUCCCGCAGCAGUCGGCCAUGCACGCGCUGAUGUUGUGAUGGAUAGACAAGAAGGAGUCAUGUUGAACUUUCGUUUUGGAUUUUGCCGUCAAAUACACGUCUUAAGUAAUUAAACAACGAUGUCUGACAUACUAAUGAAAGAAAUGGAGAGAAUAUCGAUCAGUCCAAUGAAAGCAGAGGAGCGUCCAGACGGUGUCUCAAGCUUUCUGCUGGUGGAUGAACAAGAAAACCUGAAGGUCCGUGAUGAGUCUGAGUUUGUGGACAAACUUGGCUGUGGGGACGUGGCAGGAGUUAAGGUCCUCUCCAUCUUUGGCAACACUGGCGACGGCAAGUCCCACACCCUCAACCACAUCCUAUUUGGUGGUGAGAGUGUGUUCUACACCUCCAAGUCCCCCAACUCCUGCACAGUGGGGGUCUGGGCCGCUUAUGACCCUGCCCUCAGCCUGCUCGCCUUGGACACUGAGGGUCUGUUGGGGGCUGCCUCCAAUCAGAACCAGAGAAUGCGGCUGCUGCUAAAGGUUUUGGCAGUGUCUGAUAUAGUAAUCUAUCGUACACGGGCAGAGCGUCUCCACAAUGACAUGUUCCUGUUCCUGAGCAGUGCCUCAGGGGCCUACCUUAAGCACUUCACCCCGGAGCUCAGGGCCCUCUCUAGCCGCUGUGGUCUGGACGUGCCCUUGUCUUCUCUUGGGCCUGCCGUUAUCGUCUUUCAAGAGACAACACACACCCAGUUGCUUGGUCAUGAUUCUAAGCUGGCUGGCCAUGCUGACAUGCUGCUUCAGAAGCGCUUUCACGAUCUGGGCUUAGGGACAGAGGCCUUCAGCUCAGUGCAGUAUGUGGGCACCCAGACCAUCACACCUCCCACUGACUACAGCAGGUUGCUGGAGGCUGUCAGGCAGCAAGUGAAAAACACUCACACACGCUCUCCCCGCCAGCCAGAGAUAGUGUUCCGUGCUCUAGAGGCCCUAAGUGAGCGUUUCUGUGGGGAACUAUCAGAUGACAAGAUGACCGUGUACUCCUUCUUCCCAGAUGAGUACUUCACCUGCUCUGCUGUCUGCCUCAGCUGCAACAUUCGCUGUAAAAACGGAAUGAACCAUCUGAGAGACAGGGUCCCGCACAUGGCAGAUGGACUGUGCCAGUAUGCACACCAGUUCAACAAUAAGGUCCUCAUCUGUAAGCGGUGCUAUGAAGGAGGCAGAGAGGUGAUUGUUGUGCCCAAGACCUCAGCUUCCAGUGACAACCAAUGGUUUGGACUGGCCAAGUAUGCCUGGUCAGGCUAUGUGUUGGAGUGUGCUAGCUGUGGUGUGAUCUACCGCAGCAGACAGUACUGGGUGGGAAACCAGGACCCUGAGAGCAGCGUUGUGCGAUCUGAGGUCAAACAUGUCUGGGAGGGGUCGGACAGCUUUCUGACCACUCACCAGAAUGCUGCCCAGAGGGUCCUCGAUGGGAUGAACUACAUGAUCCAGUCAGUGUCGGAGUACAGCACCGGCCCCACCAAAGCUGUUACUGCCUGGCUCACUGACCAGGUGGCACCUCCAUACUGGAGACCCAACACAGAGAUCACUGCCUGUCACGGCUGUCAGAAGGUGUUCAUGGAGGCAGAGAGGAAGCACCACUGCCGAUCAUGCGGCGAGGGUUUCUGCCAUCCUUGCUCCAGCCACAGGAAGCCAGUCCCAGAGAGAGGCUGGGGCAGUGCGCCUGUCAGGGUGUGUCAGGCCUGCUACCGACAGGGAGGGCCAGUUGAUACAAACAGUGAGGUGUGUAAGGUGGAGCCUCGUGGUCUAAUAGCUCGCAGGGUGACGGAGGUGGCCCAGUCUACGCUGGACAUAGUCACCUCUGCUGUGGACUACCCUCUGUGUUUUGUGAAGGAUGUGGCCCGGCCAGACUACUGGGUGCCGGACCAGGACAUCACUCAGUGCCAUCAGUGCUCCAAAAUCUUCACUCCGGCAAUGUCCAAGCAUCACUGCAGGGCCUGUGGACAGGGUGUGUGCGGCCCCUGCUCCACACACAACAGGCCCGUACCCUCCCGGGGCUGGGACCACCCGGUCAGAGUGUGCGACAGCUGCCACGCUCGCACUGAUAGUCUGUGAGCAUUUUUAACCAGGAGAACUUCUCAAAGUGUACUUGGUCUUCCUCAGAUGAUCCACAGAAACACUUCGUCAUUUGCUGCUCCAGGAGGAUUGACCAUACAGCACUCAAUGACAGAACUGGAAUCAGUCCUGGUUUUGCAUUAAAAAACAGUAUGUUUUGAAGCUUAAAGUGGUACCCACCUGAGCCUGGUGUUUUAUCAGUGCUGUUCAAGGAUCAGCUUUCCAUCUCACCUGCCUUCCUUGACCAGCAGAUUCUGCAGCAAAAACCUCACUGCAGCCCUACUGCACUGGUCAUACUGCUCAAAAACCACCUGGAUAAAUGAAAAGCUGCACGUGUGAUUUCAGCUGACUUCUGGAAAUCUAAAAAUUAAGAACUACAAUUCAGUUCUCAUUGUAACAGUGGAGCUUGUACUCUUAACUGCACCAAAGUGUGGUCUACCUUUUUUCCUUCAUUUGUGUUUGCACAGCCCUACAGCACGUUGCCCAUUCUCAGUUUGGAUAAUUUGUUAAUUAAAAGGGAAAGGGAAAAGCGCAGGGAGUAGUGGUAGAUUUUAAAGGGAUUUUUAAACCUCUCUGUGUCAAAGAGUAUCAGGCCAUCUCUACAGUUUAUCUCAGCAAAGCCCUCAGAAAAGUGGAGAUUGUGUGAGGCAAUUCUUGUUUUAAACCUCGUCACGGUCUUCCUCUCAGCCAUCUCAGUCUCUCUGGGGUUUCAACAUUACGGACAGACUAGGAAAUGCAAAAUAGUUCAGACUUUUGGGGGAAAAGUAACUUUGUGCAUGACUGUCUUGCUGCAGGCAGAAUGAGAUGCAAGAUGGAGAAACUCGAGCUACAGCACCACGUGCCUUCAUGGGAAUCCUGCUUCCUAUCUCUAAAGCCCUUAAGGUUUGCUUUUGGAGAGUGCUCCACAUGUGCAAGGACUAACGAUAAUUUGUGCCUAAUUGCAGAGCAAUGUAAUUUACAUUCACUGAUCUUAACUCUUACAGCUGUAUCUACAAUAUGGUGAAAUGAAUCUGUAGCAUAAACACAUUAUAAACAUUCCAACGAUGUAUGGAGAUACCUGUGUACUGAUGUAGAUUUACCUUGCUGAGUUACUUCUAAAAAGUGGACAUUAUUGAGCCGCUGAUGCUUCAGAAAGCUCUCUUAAAAUGAUGAGUACACCUGCACUAAACUGAACUCAGUUGUUUUGAUGUUUGAAAGGAUCUCAAAUCAUUUGCAAUGUAAAGUGCUAAUUAUAUGCAUGCUGAUGGAAAUUACUCUUUCUGUCAAAGGAAGUCUCUCUGUGUAACAUACUGGAUACAUUUAUACAGUUUUCCUCUCCAUCUAGAAAUAAAUUGAGUUUUAAUGAUGUUUCCUAGUAAAAUUUAGCAAUCGACAAUCUCUUUUUUUUUUUCUAUAAAUAAAUCAGGCUUGCCCAAAUAAAGCAAACGAAGACAA